GGGAAAACAGAUUUUUAUUGAAAGUGACCGCUCCUGCAACCGGAAGUAAAUGUGAAAAUGUAAACAAAGUGUCAGUAAAUAAUAUGACUAUGCCACUGUCUAUGGACUAGUACAUGUAUAAUGCAGCUGCCGUCAAUCAAAUAUUUAAUAAAAUGCCUUUAAAGCGACUAGACUGCAAUGAUGGUCAUUCAGAAGAAUCACAGGAUGAACUUUUAGCAGAUGAUUCAGAUGUCUUUGAAAAUAGGAGCUCAAACUUAACCCUAGAAAUAGGCUUGGGAGACCUAAAUGAAGAGCCAUCUACACCAUCAAGUCCAGGAUGUGUGUCAAUAGAGAGUAACAGAGAAAGUGUUGGAUAUGUAAACUUUGAAGUCAUAUCUGCUGAAAGAGUCAAAGAUGGCAAUUCUACUUAUGUGGUAUAUCAAAUUUUAAUUUCUGGACAUGGAAUAGAAAAAACACCAGGUAUUUUGCACAAAAGAUACUCUGAUUUUGAAAAGUUUAAUGUGAAGCUGAGGAAAAAGUUUCCAGAAAUAAUGGACAGUGUGUCAUUUCCUGGGAAAGUCUUAGUUGGUAAUUUCAAAAAUGAAACCAUUGCUAAGAGAAGCAGAGCUUUUGAACAAUAUCUGAAUCAUUUAAUGUCACUGAAUGAGAUUAGAUUUUCUGGAGAAACAAAGGAAUUUUUCUAUGAAAAUGAAAUCAGUAAUGCAAACGAAAUGAUUGGUUCGAAGAAUUAUUCAGAAGCAAUUUCAUUAUUGGAAAAAUGUCUGCCAGUGCAAGAAAAACUAAUUGGAACCACACACAUUGAUGUUAUAAAAACCUUAUGUGCGUUAGUGGUCUGUUACCAGGCUCUCAAAGACCCUGAAAGAGCUUUGAAGUAUUCUACAACAGGACUGUCCUGUAUGGAGGACUCAACAGAUAACCCUUAUUAUCUCCCCUUGUUGCAUACAUCAAUCUAUUUACAUUGGAUGCUGGGAAAAGAAAAAACUCAUUUAGAAGUCAAACUUGGGGAAUUGAGAGACCAAGGUAUUGCCACAGAAACAAAUACUAAUUUGUUAGACACAGUAGUCAAAGAAUUGAAGAGCUGAUGUAACUAAAAAAGCUAAUUACAUAAAAUGUUCUGUGAUAUGGCAUAUGAUUGUUUAAAUUGGUGCUUAAUAGGCUUAUAUAUAUAUAUACUGGAGAUUUAUGUUGCUGUAUUUCAAAUUUCAGAAAUCAGAAAAGUAUAAAGUAGUCACAUGUACAAUGUCAUGUGCCCUCGUAUUUUACAAAUUGCCAAAAUAAGACUAUUUUAUAGUUGAUACAUAUACAUAUUCAUCUCUUUGUGGAUGAAAAUCUUAUUUUAUAUGAUUUAAAAAUAUGCCAGACAUAUUUUGAUUUGAUUGAAUCUCAUUCAUAAAUAGAUAUUUUUUCCCUUAAUAAUUAUGGUUAAGAAUUUUUUAUACUAAAUUUUUAUAACUAGUGGCAAUAUAUCUUGUUACCUGUACUUCACUGAUAAUUAUGAACAAACAAUUAAGGGGAGUCCAUACAGUUUCACAUGUUAUUGUAAUUUUUGUGAUUUUGUCUUAAGUGUGAAGAUUGAGAUGAGAUCUUUGAAAAUCCUAAAAUUGAACAAAAGUUACUAUGCUGGUUUCCAGAAAAAAGAGGUUAAAUAUUAUAAUUCUUUCGUUAAAAUUUUUCUACCAAUUUUAAGAUUUAAUUAAAUCAGAAUUUUUGUCAAUAAAAUUGUCAAAUUCAUUUUAUUUGAAAUCUCGGAUAGAUAGGAAAAAUUAAUUAACAUAUGAACAGUUCUACUGUUUAAUUUCAAAACUGCAUUGAACUAUUGUAUUCCAUUCCUAAUAUGAAAAUAAGAAGAUGUGGUAUGAUUGCCAAUGACACAACCCUCCACAAGAGACAAAAUGACAUAAAAAUUAACAACUAUAGGUCACCGUACGACCUUCAACAUGUUAGAUUAAUUUGUAGACCUUUAUUGAUCAGUUUUGCAAGGUUUUGGUAUUGUAAUUUUUCUAGACAAAAAUUACAUAAGAAAUUGAGACAACUGUCCCCCAAAGUUCAAAUGAAGUGGAUGAAAGCAAUUAUAGGCAACGGUACGGCUUUCAACAAUAAGAAAAAUCCCAUACCAUAUGGUCGCCUAAAAAUUAAAUGAAAUCAUGUUAACAUCAAUUAUCUCUUUAAACUGUAUUAUCUCCCCUUAAUUAUAAACUUUUGAUAUGACAGUGUAAAACUGUAGAUUCAUAAAUUGAAUCAUUGACAUUAUUUUGUACACUUGUAUUUUUAUAGAUAGCUAUGUGCUAGGUAUGAUGUAAUGACAGAAUAAUCAGAUGGUUGUAGAUUUACGUCAGUUAUAUUCCAGAAAUUUUUAGAUUGUCUUUCAUGUUUGUAUGAUUUUUAUAUUAUAAUAUUUUGUAUUAUUUGUAUGGAUAAGUUGUGUUGUCUUUCCUGUUUACUAGUCAAUUAUUGUUAGGUUUAAUAAAAAAGAUCUGAUAUAUGUUCUACACACAAAUUAUUAGUAAAUUUUGUAAAAGAAACACUAUAGCUUAUUGGGUUUACGGGUAAAAAAUUAGAUCUGUUGUUUCCCUAAUAUAACCUUCGACAAAUUAAUGUAACACAAUCUAGUAUUUUUUCUCUGACUAAUUUCUAAAGAUUGAAUUAGUUAAGUUAACCAAUCAAAAGAUGUGUGGUUUGUGAAAAGUUACUGAUACUUUGAAUUUUUAUUUUUGGGAUGAAAAAGAAAGGAUAUAAUAUAUUGAUUCAUGACACAAAAUCCCUGCACAGACUUGACAAAAUUACAAACAAAGAAGCAGUACAUAGGCCUAGGUCUGUAUCAAACAUAAAAUACUGAAUUUACAAUUUAAAUUUACUUGUAUUAUCCUCUUGUUGUAAGUUUGUUUAUCUGAUAGUUGUUAUUGAUAUGUUUUUUUUUUCUUCUAAUUAUUAAUUCACUAUUUGAUAGUUUGAAGUACAUAUGUAUUACGUUGUUUUAAGAAUACUCAUGUAUCAGUCUGUUAAAAUUACAAAUCAGUAUUUAUACCACCACUGUAAAGACAGAGUAUACUGGUUAACGUCUAUUCAUCCAUCUAUCAGUCAGUAACAUAUUUAUAUCACUUUUAAUUUUCUUUAUCAAAAACUAUAAGUCAUAUAACAAUAUUUUGUAAUAUAAUCUGGUUGAAAUAUAUAGUUAAUUACAGGAAAAAUAUAAUACAUGUGAUUAUAUCAUCAGAAGAUGAGAACAAUUCACAACAAAAAUAAAACCAAAUAUUCACAGAAACCUAUGAGAAUUUUGCUUCUAUUUGUACCAAGUUGAUUAAAAUUCAACAAGGAAUGAUGUCAUAAUAAUUUUUUUUUAAAUUGUAUUUAAAUUGUAUUCUGUAUAUAUUGCGCAACACUUUCAUUGAGAUUAUUGGGGUCAAACUUUGAGGGCUCAUAUCUUUGUAGAAAAUGCUCAAAAUGAUCUGAAGUUAACAGCAUUACUGUUUUAAAGGGUGUUGAAUUGAUUAAAGAAAAAUACUGAAACAAAAUAAGAAUUUCGACCAUGUGCACAAAAUUGUUAAAAUUGUGACUUUCAAUUUUGACCCCUUUCCUCAAAGUUUGUGAACAGUGUAAUUGGCUGAAAUUUAACCAACAUAACUGUAGAACUUUUGAAUACACAAAUGAUUGAAGAUUAAGAAAACACAUACUUGUAAGAUAGAUCAAGAUUUUGAUUUACUUUAUUUUCAGUCAGAAGUUGUAUUACAUUUAUCUGAGUAGUAUAGAAUAAAAUAUAGGUGAAUAAUACUUAAUUGUUUAAUUUUUUCAAUGCCUUUAUUUUUUUGGAAUUUUGUAAUCCAAUAUUUCCAAUGUUUUCAUUACAAAGUAAGUGUUAUAUAUUUUUGUGAAGAGGAAGUGAAUAUUUAUUAUUUGUUAUCUCCCUUUUUUUAUGAACUAUAAAGAUCUUUGUAAUUUUUGUUAUGUAGUUAUGAGCCACAAUUAUGAUCAAAUAAACAAAAAUAAUAUUAACUCAUGGUCUUUUAUGUAUGGAAUAAAA